AUAAAAAGUCUGUAAAAAGUGAUAGUCUUCCUCUGUUCCUUACGCACAACCUUGGUCCUACUUUGUUCCUUACGCAACAACAUGGCGCUGGGCAAGAUGUUACCAUCAGUUAUGAAGCGGUUUCUACAGAGUGCUGUUAACAGAAUGCACUUACCAUCCACAAGUAUGUUUGGCCGAUGUUCAAGCACAGCAGCACCUCAUUUGGAAGAAAAUAUCUCCAAGUCAUUUGUAACUGGACCUUUGACAAUGCUCUCUGAAGAGGAGGAAAUGAUGAAAGAAACAGUUGCUAGGUUUGCUAUGGAGAAGAUACAGCCACUGGUAUUAGAAAUGGAUCAGAAUUCAGAAAUGGAUCCAUCAGUUGUCUCAGGCAUGUUUGAACAAGGAUUAAUGGGGAUAGAAGUGGAUGCUGAUUAUGGAGGAACAAACUCAUCCUUCUUUGUAUCCUGUCUUGUGGUUGAAGAACUGGCCAAGAUUGAUCCUGCAGUCAGUGUUAUGUGUGAUGUGCAAAAUACUUUAAUUGUCACACUGUUUAGGAAAUAUGGCACACCUCAACAGAGAGCAGAGUACUUGCCAAAACUGGCAGAGAAUAUGGUUGGAAGUUUUUGUCUCUCUGAAGUUGGCUCAGGAAGUGAUGCAUUUGCUCUUGGUACAAAAGCUGAAAAGCAAGGAGACUUCUAUGUGAUAAAUGGCUCUAAAAUGUGGAUCACAAAUGCUGAACAUGCUGGAGUAUUUCUUGUCUUUGCUAAUGUUGCACCAGAAAAGGGAUACAAAGGAAUAACAACAUUUGUAGUCCCAAAAGAAACAGAUGGUCUUUCACUUGGGAAAAAGGAAGAUAAGCUUGGAAUUAGAGCAUCAUCAACAUGUCCUGUGCACUUUGACAAUGUGAAGGUCCCUGCUAGUGCAGUCCUUGGUCAGGUUGGUCACGGCUAUAAGUAUGCAAUUGAGUGUCUAAAUGAAGGACGCAUAGGGAUUGGAGCUCAGAUGGUUGGACUUGCUCAGGGCUGUCUAAAUUGUACAGUUCCUUACUUACACGAAAGAAAACAAUUUGGCCAGAAGAUCUGGGACUUCCAGGCUGUCAAUCACCAGGCUGCACACAUGCUUACGCAGAUUGAGGCUGCUCGGUUGUUGGUGUAUAAUGCAGCACGGAGAAAGGAGGCAGGGCUUCCCUUCCUUCGAGAAGCUGCCAUGUCAAAGUACUUUGCAGGAGAGGUGGCCACCUUGACAACUUCAAAGUGUAUUGAACUGAUGGGAGGAGUGGGAUAUUCCAAACAGUAUCCUGUGGAGAAAUUCUACCGUGAUUGUAAAAUAGGCACUAUUUAUGAGGGAACCGCAAAUAUUCAACUUUCUACAAUUGCCAAAAAUAUGAAAGAAUUUGAACCAUGAUGAUAGAAAUAUGAUCCUCUGUUCCAACACUAAUCAGGACUUAACUAACAAACUUUCAUUGGAAUGGAGAUGGGAAUCAAAUGCUAUUGGUAUCAGACAGUUGUCAUUACUGUAUUAUUGUGGAAACGGUCAGAGAAACUUUGGAUUGGGAUCUCUGGUGGUCCUCAACCCAGUCGGGCUCAAAAAAGGAUCUUUUUCUCAUCUCUAAAUUAAAACAACGGUGUGGCAGGUUAUGGAUUUGUACAGCGGAGACAAUCAAAGAACCGUACGGGUAUGGCAGAUAGAGUGAUCUAGUCCAAGGCGGGAUGGAGGUUUUCGUGUCGCCUGUCUCCUCUGGAUUAGUCAAAGCUGACUCUGCAUCAACUGUUAACAUAUUAACAGUCGAAUUUUAGUUUUAUCUGGUUCUUCAAGAAAUUUUCAAAACUGUAUAAGAUUCUUUAUGCAAGGAAAAGAACGAAUGAGGCACAAAGAUGAAUUAAGAGCAUUUUUGGGUAAUCAUAGAACAGUUUUAAUGCUGGACUCCUGUUUUUCUUUUUUAUAUACUCCUGGGAGAUUAUCGAUGUAUAUUUAAGUAGAGAGACCUUAGGAGCCAUUUUUUUUUUGGAGAAUGAAACAUGUUAAGCAGAAAGGGAAAUACGCAGGUAUCUCUCAUUCUAUUUUCUUUCAAAGGGGUAAACUGUAUAUAUAAUCUAAUUUUUUAUCGCAAUUUUCACUAUUUUCCCCUCUCCCAAUUCGUUGUUGUAAAAUCACUAGCUCGGCUCUAGUCGUCUCUUAGGAUGUCUUCUAGGUUAAGCGACCACGCUCUAACUACUUUGGGAUUUUGGGAAAGCACUUAAAAUCUUCUCAAUCAUUCGGUUUGAUCCCAUAAUUUAUGCACGUUUCUGUGUUUUCCAGCAAACAUCGACUAAAAGAACACAGAAAUUCUUUAAAUACUCAAACUUUCACGGAAAAAAAAUUUUAGACAAGCCUUUGAUGUCAAAGAAUCCGAAAGACUUAAGGGGAGUGUUGAUAUAAGAUUUGACCUGAUUCAUUCCUAGUCGACAUAAUAGAGCCGGAGAGACGAAAAUAUUCCCAGAACUUCCACAUUCUUUUUUCUUGAGUGAGAUAGAGAGUUCAACACUUUUUGGAGCCGGAUCACGAAAUCUCGUACAAAAUCCUUUUUUCGCCAGUUACAACGUUUUUUGGGAAUAUUUCGGAGACGGGCCAGAGGGAGAAGGUUAGAAGGAAUGAAACCUGGCCCUGCCAAACCGUCAUUGUUGGCUGCCCGACGUAAGAAGACAGAACUGGAAAUACGUCAGGAGU